AAAUAUUUUCACUUAUUUAAUUUCGUUUCUAUAAUUUAAUUUUAUUAAAGACGGAAAAAGAUUAUAAAGUGAAAAAAAAAAGUGUUUAGAAUUUGUUAUAAACUUUGAAUUAAUGGGAGCAUGGCAGAUUUUUGCGGAGAGAAAAAAACAUGAAAGCACCGAAAUAAUCCUUGAACCUUUUUUUCUGUCGUGUCCGCCGCCGAAGCUGCAACACAACUACUGAAUGCGAUUAGGUUUUUCCUUCAACCAAUAUGGGCGCCAAAAAUGAUACAGAGACGAAUUUGGAUGGAGAGAACAGUGUAGGACGAAAGAGUAGAAAGAAACCCAUGCCUGAGAGUGGAGCGCGAGAGCAUAAGGAACAAUUGCAAAAGCUUUCGGAGAAGGAUCCAGAAUUUUACGAGUUCUUGAAAGAGCAUGACGAGGAGUUGCUUCAAUUCAGUGAUGAUGAUCUAGAUGAUGAUGUGGGUACUGACAUAGAAGAUGAAGAUCUAAAGCUAGAUGAGGAGGUUAGUGAGGAUGAGAUUCAAGAGAAGGAACAAAAGUCCUCUAAGGAAGUUAUAACUACUUCUAUGGUUGAUUUGUGGUGCAAAUCAAUUCAAGAAAGGGGGAGCUUAAGUGCACUUCGUUCCCUGCUGAGGGCUUUCAGGACGGCAUGCCACUAUGGUGACGAUGGGGGGAAUGAAUCUAUGACAAAGCUUAGUGUAAUGUCUAGCACUGUAUUCAACAAAAUAAUGUUGACUGUACUUACUGAAAUGGAUGGAAUACUGAGAAAAUUGUUUAAGCUUCCUGCUUCUGGUGGAAAGAAAGAGAAUAUAACAGAUUUAAUGGCCACGAAACAUUGGAAUAGUUAUGGCCCUUUAGUGAAGUCUUACCUUGGAAAUGCUCUCCAUGUUUUGAACCAAAUGACUGACACAGAAAUGAUAUCAUUUACUUUACGUAGGCUGAAAUACUCUUUAUUGUUUUUGGCGGCUGUUCCUUCACUCCUAAGGAAAUACAUUAAGGUGGUUCUUCAUUUCUGGGGUACUGGCGGAGGUGCCCUUCCUGUGGUUUCAUUUCUGUUUAUGAGAGAUCUAUGUAUCCGAAUUGGAUCUGGCUGCAUAGAUGAAUGUUUCAAAGGAAUAUAUAAAGCAUAUGUUUUGAAUUGCCACUUUGUAAAUGCCGUGAAACUUAAACAUAUCCGUUUCCUUGGCAAUUGUGUCAUUGAACUUCUUGGUGUUGAUCUUGCCACUGCGUAUCAACAUGCCUUCAUUUACAUUCGACAACUGGCUAUGAUAUUAAGGGAUGCACUUAAUGCAAAAACUAAGGAAUCUUUUCGCAAGGUUUAUGAGUGGAAAUUCAUCAAUUGUCUUGAACUUUGGACUGGUGCUAUCUGUGCCUACAGUUCAGAAUCUGACUUUAAGCAACUUGCAUAUCCAUUGACCCAAAUAAUUUCUGGAGUAGCCCGUCUGGUCCCCACAGCCAGAUAUUUUCCCCUUAGGUUGAGAUGUGUAAGAAUGUUGAACCAGAUUGCAGCUUCUACCCAUUCCUUUGUACCAGUGUCUAUGCUCCUUUUAGACAUGCUGGAAAUGAAAGAAUUGAAUAGACCCCCAACUGGAGGUGUUGGCAAAGCUGUUGACUUACGCAGUAUACUGAAGGUUAGCAAGCUGACCCUAAAGACACGAGCAUUUCAAGAAGCAUGUGUUAUUUCUGUGGUUGAAGAGCUAGCUGAACACUUGGCACAGUGGAGUUAUUCCGUUGCUUUCAUGGAAUUGUCUUUUAUUCCACUUGUGAGACUGCGUAGCUUUUGCAAAUUAACCAAAGUAGAGAGGUUUCGAAAAGAAAUGAGGCAGCUUAUACGCCAGAUUGAAGCAAGUGCUAAUCAUGUGAAUGAGAAGCGAAUGUCAAUUUCCUUUUUACCAAAUGACCCGGCAGCAUUAUCUUUUCUCGAGGAUGAAGAAAAGUCAGCUUCAAGUACUCUGUCAAAGUACGUCCUAACACUCCGCCAGAGAGCAGAACAGAAAAAUAAUUCAUUAAUGGAAUCCAGUGUGCUUGUGGGAGAAGAAUCCUCUAGAUUUGGGAAUGAAAUAUCAGAGAGUGAUGAAGAGGAUGCAAGAAAUAAUGAAAAGGGUGCUGCCGUCUUUAGUUCAUCAUGGUUACCCGGAAAUGAAUCUAAGACAAAACAACCUGAAGAAACAAAAGGAAAAAGGAAAAAGCAGCAGAAAGAGAAAGCCAUUGAUGACGAUGUUGUGGAGGACUUGGUACUUAGUUCUGACGAAGAUAUGCCUUCUAGUCACAGCCCUUCUGCUGGAAAAAAUGAUGAUGCAGAUCAUUUACCUUCAAAAGGAAAACGCAAGCAGAAGAAUCACAGAACAAAAAGGUUGAAAAAAAAUUAGUCUCACUUGGAGGGGAAAUGAAGUUUAGGUAGCAACCUCUCUAUUCGGGAUUCGUACUGAGAAAAUGUGAGAUGAGAAAAAUUUUGAUUAGUUUUAAAAGUAGUUUCCAUUUUACAUUUGGAGCAAAGACUGACGUGUGAAUGUAAUGGCAGCUGCAAUUAUAUUUUUAUACGUCAUUUCGUUGUGAUUGGAAAAUGAUAGUGUGGACAAACUGUGACCUGGCACUACUUGUAAAAUCUUCUGGUGCCAUCCAUGGUUGGAGCAAAAUGGUAACACCAUUCCAUAUUUAUCAGUGUAAUUUAUAGGUUUCUGAAUUGGACAUUGGAAAAGGAUUUGAAUUAUUGAUUUUUUUUA